GGGCCGCCAGGGGACCUUCCGGGCCUGCGGCCGCGCUCCCUGUCGCAGGGGCGCCUCUGCCUGCACCCCGGGGAGCCUCGGCCUAGCGGGCCCUCGGGUGGCCGCCAUGGAGUCCAUGCUGGGCUUUGGCAUCGCCAUGGCCGAGAAGCUGCAGAAUCAGCUGCCCUGGCUGGAGAAUUUCUGGCUCUUUGCUACGGUGAUGGGCGAUCCCAAGAUCCUCUUUCUGUUCUAUUUCCCCGCGGCGUACUAUACCUCUCGGCGAGUGGGCAUCGCGCUGCUCUGGAUCGGCCUCCUCACCGAGUGGCUCAACCUCGUCUUCAAGUGGCUUCUGUUUGGAGACCGGCCCUUUUGGUGGAUCUAUGAGUCGGGGUACUACGGCCAGACCCCGGUCCAGGUUCAUCAGUACCCCUCUUCUUGUGAAACUGGCCCAGGCAGCCCUUCUGGACACUGCAUGAUCACAGGAGCCGCCCUAUGGCCCAUCAUGACAGCCGUCUCUUCCCAUGUGGCCACACAGACCAACAGGUACUGGCCUAGAAUGAUGCCCCUGCUGGCCUACUGCGUCUUCUUACUGGCCAUCGGCAUGUCCCGGAUCUUCCUCUUAGCGCAUUUCCCUCACCAGGUUCUGACUGGUUCGAUCAUUGGUGCUGCCCUGGGCUGGCUGAUGGCCCGCCACGUCCCUGUGGAGCGGGAGCUGAGCUUCUACGGGCUGACCUCGCUGGCCCUCUUGCUGGGUGCCAGCAUCACCUACUGGUUCCUCCUUUCGCUUGGCCUGGACGUGUCUUGGUCCGUCGACCUGGCGUCCAAGUGGUGCGAGCGGCCUGAGUGGGUGCACAUCGACAGCCGGCCUUUCGCCUCCCUGAGCCGCGACGCGGGGGCCGUGCUGGGCCUGGGCAUCGCCCUGCACUCCCCCUGCUACGCCGAGGUGCGGCGGGUGUACCUGGACAGCAGCCAGAAGAGCGCCUGCCUCCUGCUGUCCAUGACGCUGCUGAUCCCGCUCCACUGGCUGGGCCACCCGCCUCAGAUCAGCCUCUUCUACAUCUUCAAUUUCCUCAAGUACACGCUGUGGCCCUGCCUGGUCCUUGCCUUGGUGCCCUGGGUUGUGUACUCGCUCAGUGCCCAGGAGUUGCCCCCCAUCCGUUCUUCUUGACGCGGGGUCCCUCCCGUCCCAAAGCCAACACUCCCUCCGCCCGGCAGGCACUCCGAGGGGCACCCCAUCCCGCCAGCACCCCCUCGCACGCUUCUCCCACCAGCCACCUGGUCUUGGCGCUCCCUUGGGGAUGGGGGUGAUUUCACCCUGCUGCCCCUC